GCGCAAACCCUAGCGCGCCGCAUCCCUGACCUCGAUCCCUCCUCUCGAGUGCUGGUGGUGGUGCUGCUUCUGCCAGGCCGGCGCAUGCGGACGCCGCCACCGGGCGAGGCGAUCGAAGGCCGCCGCGGCUGAUCCGCUUCGGGGGCUGAUCGUGGGCGGGAGGAGCGGUGGCAGCGCCGCCGCCGCCGGGGAACGCUGAGACGGUCGCGUCGGACGGAGUUCUGUGGUCGCUAUUCGGGUUUUGCUGAAGAUGACGGGGCUUCAGCUUGCGUGUUUGCUUCUUAUCAUCGUGAUGCAAGUGGUUCUUGGAACACAUGAUGUGUACAUUGUCACAAUGGAAGGCGAUCCGGUUGUCAGCUACAGAGGUGGGGUCGAAGGAUUCCCUGCAACCGCCACAGAUUUGGAUGAAGAUAUUGAUAUCACAAGUGAGGCUGUGACUUCAUACUCACUCCACCUCCGAAUGUACCACGACAAGCUUCUGGACUCACUUUUUGUAGAAGGAACUUAUGAUAAGCUUUAUAGCUACCAUCAUCUUAUUAAUGGCUUUGCAGUACACAUGUCACCCUUGCAGGCUGAAUUCCUAAAGAAAGCCCCAGGAGUUAAGCAUGUAGAGAGAGAUAUGAAGAUAGAGAAAUUGACAACACACACUCCACAAUUUCUUGGAUUGCCAACAGGGGUGUGGCCAACAGGAGGUGGAUUUGAUAGAGCCGGUGAAGAUGUUGUCAUUGGUUUUGUGGAUUCAGGAAUCUACCCCCAACAUCCAAGCUUCUCUGCCCACAAAACUGAUCCUUAUGGGCCUGUUCCUCGUUACAAGGGGAAAUGUGAGAUGGAUCCAGUAACUAAAAGAAGUUUCUGUAAUGGAAAGAUAGUUGGGGCCCAGCAUUUUGCAAAAGCUGCAAUUGCUGCUGGAGCUUUUAAUCCUGAUGUCGAUUUUGCAUCUCCAUUAGACGGCGAUGGUCAUGGAAGUCAUACAGCAGCAAUUGCUGCUGGAAAUAAUGGGAUACCAGUACGAAUGCAUGGUCAUGAAUUUGGCAAAGCAAGUGGUAUGGCUCCACGUGCUAGGAUAGCCGUGUACAAAGUCCUCUACAGGCUUUUUGGUGGUUAUGUAUCUGAUGUUGUUGCAGCCAUUGAUCAGGCUGUGCAGGAUGGCGUCGACAUUCUCAACCUUUCUGUUGGCCCAAAUAGCCCACCAACAGCUACACGAACUACAUUUUUGAAUCCUUUUGAUGCCGCACUUCUUUCUGCUGUGAAAGCUGGGGUGUUUGUUGCCCAAGCAGCAGGAAAUGGAGGACCAUUUCCGAAAACGCUGGUGUCAUUCAGUCCAUGGAUAACCACUGUUGCUGCUGGAGUUGAUGACCGCAGAUACAAAAAUCAUUUGGUGCUAGGAAAUGGGAAACUUCUUCCUGGACUUGGUGUAUCACCUGCAACACAUGAGAAUAAGUCAUUUAACGUGAUUUCUGCGGCUGAUGCUCUGCUGGGUUCAUCUGCCACCAAAUACAGUGCAUUAGAUUGCCAAAGGCCAGAACUCUUGAAUAAGAGGAAAGUUCAGGGCAAAAUUCUGUUGUGUGGAUAUUCUUUCAACUAUAUUUCUGGGACGGCUUCUAUCAAGAAAGUGUCAGAGACAGCUAGAAGUCUUGGUGCAGCAGGUUUUGUUGUUGCUGUGGAGAACAGUUAUCCAGGAACAAAAUUUGAUCCUGUACCUGUCAGCAUGCCUGGUAUUCUCAUCACAGAUGUCAGCAGAACAAAGGAUCUUAUAGAUUACUACAACUCCUCUACAAUAAGAGAUUGGGCUGGAAGGGCCACAACCUUCCAAGCAACAGCAGGUAUUGCUGAUGGUUUGGCACCAACGCUAUACAACUCAGCCCCCCAGGUUGCCUUGUUCUCUUCUCGAGGACCAGAUGUAAAAGAUUUUAGUUUUCAAGAUGCUGAUGUUCUGAAGCCUGAUAUACUCGCUCCUGGCAAUCUGAUAUGGGCAGCAUGGGCGCCUAAUGGAACAGAUGAAGCCAACUAUGCUGGUGAAGGAUUUGCAAUGGUUUCUGGAACCAGUAUGGCUGCACCACAUAUUGCUGGUAUUGCAGCACUAAUAAAACAGAAGAACCCCAAGUGGAGCCCCUCAGCAAUUAAAUCUGCCUUGAUGACUACAUCCAAUACACUGGACAAAGGGAGCCAUCCUUUAAGAGCACAACAAUACUCUGAAUCAGAAAUUAUGACGCUUACACGAGCCACACCGUUUGAUUAUGGUAGUGGCGCAGUUAACCCGAAAGCUGCUCUGGAUCCUGGCCUUGUUCUGGAUGCAACUCAUCAAGAUUAUAUCACAUUCCUGUGUUCGAUUCCCGACGUCGAACAUAGUGAAGUAUCAAACAUAACUGGAUCAUCUUGCAACUCCAGCUCCAAGGGGCAGCAGCGCCCCUACGAUCUCAACAUCCCCUCGAUCACCAUCUCCCAGCUUAGAGGCACGCAGACGGUGAAGCGGACCGUCACAAGCGUCGCCGUCGAGACCGAAACCUACACCGUCAUGGCAAGAAUGUCACCGGAGAUCGCGCUGGAGGUCUCACCUCCAGCUCUGACAGUGCUCCCCGGCGCAUCAAGGGAGAUAAUGGCGACCCUCACAGUCAGGUCAGUGACUGGCACCUACAGUUUUGGAGAGAUCACCAUGAAAGGGGACCGAGGUCACCUUGUGAGAAUCCCAGUGGUAGCCAUGGGAUUCAAAUAGACCAAUGUAAGUGCUCCUAAGUGAGCUAGAGCCAUGUUGCUUCUGAAAGCUUCGAGCUGAGGAAUGCUGUAAUUUUUUGUAGCUUAGUAGGAAAAAAAAUAAUAGUCUGCACGAUGUUUUAUUUCCAUGUUAUGCUUGUGCUACUACUGCCUGUAAAAUAUACGUGGGCUUUGAAUGAAGCCUUUAUGUGCAUGUUUGGGGA